CGCGGGAGAGCCCGGAGCGCGGCGGGGGCGCGACGUGGAACCGGCGCUGCCGGCCAAUGCGAAACUGGCUGGUGCUCCUGUGCCCGUGUGUGUUCGCGGCCGCGCUGCACCUCUGGUUGCGGCUGCGCUCCCCGUCGCCCGCCCGCGCCCCGGGGGCGGGCCCGGCAGAUCAAUUGGUGGCCUUAUUUCCUCAGUGGAAACCUCAUCACUAUGAUGUGGUAGUUGGUGUGUUGUCAGCUCGCAAUAACCAUGAACUUCGAAAUGUGAUACGAAACACCUGGUUGAAGCAUUUGAUACAGCAUCCAGCAUUAAGUCAACGUGUGCUUGUGAAGUUCAUAAUAGGUGCUCAUGGCUGUGAAGUGCCUGUGGAAGACAGGGAAGAUCCCUACUCCUGCAAACUACUCAACAUCACGAAUCCAGUUUUGAAUCAGGAAAUUGAGGCAUUCAGUCUUUCUGAAGAUACUUCAUCAGGCCUCUCUGAGGACCAAGUGGUCAGUGUGAGCUUCCGAGUUCUCUACCCGAUCGUUAUUACCAGCCUCGGAGUGUUCUAUGAUGCCAGCGAUGUGGGUUUCCGAAGGAACAUCACUGUCAGGCUCUAUCAGGCAGAGCAGGAGGAGGCCCUCUUCAGUGCCCGCUUUAGUCCUCCCAGCUGUGGUGUGCAGGUGAACAAGCUGUGGUACAAACCUGUGGAACAGUUCAUCUUACCAGAGAGCUUUGAAGGAACAAUUGUGUGGGAGAGCCAAGACCACCAAGGCCUUGUGUCAAGAAAUCUUCACAAAGUGACAGUCAAUGAUGGAGGGGGAGUUCUCAGAGUCAUUGCUGCUGGGGAGGGCGCAUUGCCUCAUGAAUUCAUGGACGGUGUAGAGGGAGUUGCAGGAGGUUUUAUUUAUACUAUUCAGGAAGGUGACGCUCUCCUAAAAAACCUUCAUUCUCGUCCUCAAAGACUUAUUGAUCAUAUAAUGGAUCUCCAUGAGGAAGAUGCCUUACUGAAGGAGGAAAGCAGCAUCUAUAAUGAUAUUGUUUUUGUGGAUGUUGUUGACACUUACCGAAAUGUUCCUGCAAAAUUAUUGAACUUCUAUAGAUGGACUGUGGAAACAACCAGUUUUGACUUACUGCUAAAGACAGAUGAUGACUGUUACAUAGACUUAGAAGCUGUGUUUAAUAGAAUCGCCCACAAAAAUCUGGAUGGGCCUAAUUUUUGGUGGGGAAAUUUCAGAUUGAAUUGGGCAGUUGACCGAACUGGGAAAUGGCAGGAGUUAGAGUACCCCAGUCCUGCGUACCCUGCCUUUGCAUGUGGCUCAGGUUAUGUUAUCUCCAGAGACAUUGUCCACUGGCUGGCAGGCAACUCGGAGAGAUUAAAGACCUAUCAGGGUGAAGAUGUAAGCAUGGGCAUUUGGAUGGCAGCUAUAGGACCUAAAAGAUACCAGGACAGCCUCUGGUUGUGCGAGAAGACUUGUGAAACUGGAAUGUUAUCUUCCCCUCAGUAUUCCCCACAGGAGCUCACAGAACUGUGGGAACUCAAGGAAUUGUGUGGUGAUCCUUGUCAGUGCGAAGCAAGAUAAUUAUGGUUUAAAGAUGAGGGUAAGGUGAAUAAUAAUCUGAGUCUAAGUCUGAGGAAAGCCCGAGGUUAUGUGGUCCUUCAGGGUAGUUCUAGGCUGGCACUUUCACCAAUGUGGUACUUCUUAAUGUUUGCACAAAAUUUCCUCUUUAAAAAUCAACUGACUCUUCAUUGGACUGGACUGUGGGACAUAAAGUGAUACUCGUGAGGAGUGUGCCUCUUAGCUCAAGUAGAUACGAGAGACUAAAUGGGCAGCUUCUGUCCGAAGGUGAGAGGAG